AACCAGGAUGCAAUCACAUCUUUGUCAAAGCUGCCAUGAAAGUUAACUGUCUCAAGCUUGUACGCUGCAGCACGAACGGAUGCUGAGCCACACCGACCCGUUUUAGGAUAGUGAGCAAUAGUCCCUGGUGGUCUAGUGGUUAGGGUUCCUAUCCCGGUCAGGCUGCGUAAAAGCUUGAGCCUGUUUCGUCAAGUGCUGUUCAACAUUGACAAUGCUGAAGAGUACGAGAAGGAGUUUAGGGGCCAAGAAGAAGAGAAGAAGCCACAACGUCAACUCUUGGACGUUGAGUUCAAUCUGCAGCCUCGAAUUGUGCUACGAAGAGCAAGGUCACGGGAGUGCUGGAGCCCGAGCCCAUCGCAGCUAUCUUUGGGUGAGAGGCGGGUUACACCCUGAAAUGGUUGCCAUCACAGGUCUAAAAUAAAAAAACCAAUCAACCUUUGUGUUUUUGGGAUGUGGGAGGAAACCUGAGUGCCUGUAAAAAGCCACCAAAGAACAAAGAGAACAUGCAAAUUCCACAUCGGAUCUGCUAAGAGGUCGUCCACCAUGCUGCCCACUGCGGAUCUACUCCAUUCCAAAUUGGGAAGGCUGCAUUAAAGGCUCUGCAAUUCAUCACUACCAUACCAAAACAUCAUUCAUCAAACUUUGUUAGUCACACACAAAUGAGACAUUUGGUAGCUGGAUUAUUCAUACCUGUCAACUUUUCAGAGCGCCAACCUGUAUAGACUACCAAAAAAAUCCUUAUUGAAAGCAAAACAUCCUUAUAACAUAAAAAAAUCAUAUGUCAAAAUAACAGAGGGAAAAAACACAAAGUUUUUCAAUGAUUUUUAUUGUAGAUCUCCAGAAUGAUAAUAUCUGAAGUUAUUGUCUAAUUCUACUAAGUAGAAUGAUCAAAAAGAUGGCUAUUCAUCACAGAGGCUACAAUACCUCAGAUAUUUGUAAGAGUGAUUCACCAGAAUCAGUGAUGAGAAAAUAAAAAUGUUUUGAAAGAUUACAUAUCUACUGAAUGCCGAUUAUCAAUUCCUUAUUUUUAGUGAAUAAGGAAUGAGCUGAUCUGUAUGAUAAGGCUAACAAUAAGCUAUUGUUCCUAUGAAGCCAUUCUCAAUCUUAGUAAAUGGCACAUCUAUCUUGAAAUACAUAUCCUUUCCUCGUGGUGAAAACACAGGAUUCAAUUAUAUUAUUGUCAACUGUUAUAAAAACAGGACCAUGAGCUAGAAUGCGAGCAAGAGAGCUUCAAUGUAAACUACAAUAAUCCUAUGUAUUUGUAAUGAGGCCCAGGCGGCUAACUAGCAAGCAUGCACGCGACAUUAGCUAAGAGCUAAGUCAAAUUAAUUUGAGCCACAAAUGAUCAAAGUCAAGAUAAAAAUGACACUUUUUGUGGCAGUCAAGUAAGGUAAAGGUGUACACUCAUAAUUACAAACACCGUCCACCUCCAGUGCUUGAGUUCGCAACACAGUCUGGGCAAUGUAGAGUAAAGACGAGCUAGGCAUGCUGCUUAUUUUUAGUCUCGAUAAUAAUGGCAAAAGAAAAAUAAGAAAUGUUUCUUUAAGAUGCGAUGAGUGUCAAAGUAUGUGAAUAAUAAAAAAAAAAGUGGUGAAACUGGACGAGAUUGUCGUGAUCCCGCCGCUCCAGCACGAGCUGUGCGGGUGCCUGCGCGGGUGCGCUGAUUGGGCCGCACACCUGCGUCUCAUGCGGGCUGAUUAGUCUGUGUAUUUAUAUCACCCCAAUGACGAUUGGUCCCCGCCAGUUCGUUGAUCUUCAUGUCCCGUUCGUGUGCUCCGGUAUCCCUGAUCGAACCUGUGUGUACCGACCUUCGCCUGUUCUCCGACCAACCUUGUAAGCCUGACUCCUUCGUUACUUCUGCCUGCUUUGAUUGUUCUCCUGUGUUCCGACUCCUGCCUGUCCGCUCACCUGCUGUCUUCGCCCGACGUCCCAACUACCGCUGCUGCACCGGACUGCCUGCUCGAUCCCCGACCUCUGCAUAUAAUAAACGUUUCUCCUUGAACUACCUUGCAUCUUCCGAGUCCUGCAUUUGGGUCCUACUCUCGUUCUGACGGGACGUGACAGAACGAACUGUCCAACACAGGACCCAGCAGGGAAGACCCGGCGUCACCGGGACCGACGCAAGGUAGACCGUCUGCCGGAGGACCAAGCCUGUCCGAUCCGGGUAGGCUCCAUGAUGUCCUCCGCUUCCUUAUAUUACGCUCCGCCAGCGAGUCAGUUUGUUUCACCUCCCCGCCUUUCCAGUACCCGAGCGUCCUCACCCAGUAGGUUUAAGUACACCAUUCCGUAUGAGGGAACCCGCUUGGCCAUCUACCUGGGACCUCUGCGUGGCGGCCAGAGGAGACGCCCCGGCCGGGCAAUCCCCGGUGCCUCCCGCUGCGCGGCAACUAAGACAUCUUCCUCCCAAUCCUCGCCGGCAACGUGAAACCGGCAGACCCGCCGCUGGUGGCGAAGCUUCCACCCCAGAGGGAGGAGGAGUCGCCAAAUCACAAGGCGUUCCGCCGCGAAAUGCGGGCGGAGAUAGAGCGGCAGAGCGCGGAAUUGGCGGCUCUAACGUCCCAGGUCCGGCAAGGAUUGGCGAACCAGCCGAGCAACGCUGACGUCGCAACGGCGACGGACUCGCUGCUGAUACAGGUUGUCGUGGAAACCGACCCGCCCCCUCGCCAAGUGCACAUCGUAGUGGGAACGGACUUGCCACCUCGCCAAGUGCACGUCGCAGUGGGAACGGACUCGCCACCUUGCCAAGCGCACGUAGCUGUGGAAACUGACCCGCCUCCUCGCCAUUCCCACGAGGUUUUGGCUGUUCCGAGCAGAGCUCACGCGGCAGUUGGAACUGACCCGCUCCCGAGACAUGCCCAUGUGUCAGUUUCGACUGACUCUCUGCCGACGCUCGUUCACGUUGCCCUGGAAACGGAUUCGCCACCGCGCCACGCCCACAUUGCUGUUUCAACUAAUGCACUGCAAGUUCACGUGGCAGUGGGGACCGACCUGAUGCUGCCUCCUCCUUCUCACGUUGCUGUCCAGGAGGUGGCGAUGGUGAUGGGGUCGCCGCCUUCUCACGUUGCUGUCCAGGAGGUGGCGAUGGCGAUGGUGUCGGCGCCUUGUCACGUUCCUGUCCAGGAGGUGGCGAUGGUGUCGCCGCCUUCUCACGUUCCUGUCCAGGAGGAGCUGGUGAGUUCUGUGGAGCCACCCUGGAGCUGGAGAGACUUCGGGAUGGCUGUGAUGGUGGCGGUCAUGGCUCUGGUCCUGCGCUCCAUCAUCCUCUUCGCUCCUGAGGGCGCCCAGCCCCUUCCGGACCUGACCUCGUUGGUGACCAAUCAACGGGUGCCUCCUGACCAAGCCUCGGUGGCGACCAGACCCUGGUCGUCUCGCAACCACGGCGUGGGAGGUUCUCGUCCAGAGCAGUUGCCUGCCUCGGCCUGGUUCCUGCUUCGUCGUUUGGUUCCUCACAGAGGUCGUCCGCCCGAAUCACUCCGUGGGGACCCUGGUGCUUGGCGUCCGGGUCGUCCUCCUGACCUGUCCACCCGGACGCCUUGCGUUUGGUGGCCUGGAUGGCCACCAGACUGGGGUUCGGGAGCCGUGCCUUUGAGGGGGGGUACUGUCAUGAUCCUGCCGCACGAGCUGUGCGGGUGCCUGCGCGGGUGCGCUGAUUGGGGCGCUCUCAUGCGGCCUGAUUAGUCUGUGUAUUUAUAUCACCCCGAUGACGAUUGGUCCCCGCCAGUUAGUUGAUCUUCAUGUCCCGUUCGUGUGCUCCGGUAUCCCUGAUCGAACCUGUGUGUACCGACCUUCGCCUGUUCUCUGACCAACUUUGUAAGCCUGACUCCUUCGUUACUUAUGCCUGCUUUGAUUGUUCUCCUGUGUACCGACUCCUGCCUGUCCGCUCACCUGCUCUCUUCGCCCGACGUCCCAACUACCGCAGCUGCAAUGGACUGCCUGCUCGAUUCCCUACCUCUGCAUAUAAUAAACGUUUCUCCUUGAACU